AUGUAUACCAUAAACAAACCAACAAUUAAUAAAAUAUUAAAUAUUAUAGACAAUUUUUCUUCUAUUUUCUCAUUUACCAUCUCUUCUUCUUUUAAUUUACUACUUUCAUUAUACAUUUUAAUGUUUUUCUUACAACAUAAAAUAUCAUGCUGUAAUCUAUGCAACCUACAUAAUAAUAAUUUUGAAGAGUGA